ACACCACAAUUACUGUAUCAAAAAGUUUAUCCUUUUGUUUCCAAAAAUCAAAAGGACUAAAUAAUCCAAUCUGCCAUUUUUCAGUGGCUCUGGUGUUGCCAUUGUGUUUUUGUCAUGCCACAUAAAUACUAAUAUUAUUUGGCUGACACAAAAAUACUAGUAAUAUUUUCCAGUUACACGUUCUUUCUCUUGUGGAUUAGAGAAACACUUGGCUUUAGUUCACGGGAGUUCACUGGAAAACUCGCAGCUGACUUUGCAGGUUAGGAACUGAGUUUCCUGUUUUUCUCGUUUUUUCAAAAAGGAGGGUAAACUAUUAUACACCAUGGCGCCUAAACCGUUAGACUAUGAAUCUUUGAAUGAAAAUGUGAAGAAGGUUCAAUAUGCUGUCAGAGGAGAGCUGUAUCUUCGAGCUUCUGAGCUUCAAAAGGAAGGAAAGAGGAUUAUUUUCACAAAUGUGGGCAACCCCCAUGCUUUAGGACAAAAGCCGCUUACUUUUCCUCGUCAGGUUGUUGCUCUGUGCCAAGCUCCAUUUCUACUAGAUGAUCCUAAUGUAGGACUGAUGUUCCCUGCAGAUGCAAUUGCAAGAGCUAAAUAUUAUCUUUCACUGACUUCUGGUGGUCUAGGUGCUUACAGUGACUCCCGAGGUAUGCCAGGAAUAAGAAAGGAGGUGGCAGAGUUCAUUGAAAGGCGUGAUGGAUAUCCAAGUGAUCCAGAACAUAUAUUUCUCACCGAUGGUGCUAGCAAAGGAGUAAUGCAGCUCUUGAAUACAAUAAUCCGUGGUGAAGGUGAUGGGAUUUUGGUUCCAGUCCCACAAUACCCACUUUACUCUGCUGCCAUAUCUCUGUUUGGUGGUUCCCUCGUACCAUAUUACCUGGAAGAGACAGCAAAUUGGGGUCUUGACAUUAAUGACCUGCGGCAUGCAGUUGCUGAAGCUCGUGCUAAAGGAAUAACUGUAAGAGCAAUGGUGAUUAUUAACCCAGGUAACCCCACUGGUCAGUGUCUUAGUGAAGCUAAUUUGAGGGAAAUUUUGCGCUUUUGUUACCAAGAGAACUUGGCCCUUCUUGGAGAUGAAGUUUAUCAGCAGAACAUAUACCAGGAUGAGCGCCCCUUUAUUAGUGCUAGAAAGGUUUUGCUGGAUAUGGGGCCACCCAUAAGCAAGGAAGUUCAGCUUGUUUCUUUCCACACAGUGUCCAAAGGAUAUUGGGGUGAAUGCGGGCAGCGGGGUGGAUACUUUGAAAUGACCAACAUUCCACCUAAGACAGUUGAUGAGAUUUAUAAGGUGGCAUCUGUGUCACUCAGUCCAAAUGUGCCUGCUCAGAUAUUUAUGGGUCUGAUGGUCAAUCCACCCAAACCUGGAGAUAUUUCAUAUGACCAGUUUGUUAGGGAAGGCAAAGGAAUCCUUGAAUCGCUGAGGAGAAGAGCAAGGCUAAUGACCGACGGAUUCAACAGCUGCAGAAAUGUAGUUUGCAAUUUCACAGAAGGUGCUAUGUAUUCAUUUCCUCAAAUACGGUUGCCACCUAAAGCAAUAGAGGCUGCUAAAAGGCUUGGAAAAGUUCCUGAUGUUUUCUACUGUCUUAAGCUUUUGGAAGCUACUGGCAUUUCCACCGUUCCUGGUUCCGGAUUUGGACAAAAAGAAGGGGUCUUUCAUUUAAGAACAACCAUUUUACCGGCUGAGGAAGAAAUGCCGGCAAUUAUGUCCAGUUUCAAAAAGUUCAAUGAUGAGUUCAUGGAGCAAUAUGAAGAUCAUACGGGUUAUUCAAGGAUGUAAGCAAUGUUUAAACCUCCAUAUAUUGUAUCAUAUUUUGUGGCUAUCGCACACCAUUUGGUAAAUGCUCCUUGAAUUUCUUACAUUUCGCAUAAACUCGGCUCUGUUGAAAUAUUUCUCUCACAAUUCUAUUUCGAUCUUCAUUA